UCAUUCCUGCAAAGAGCAACUUGGGAGUAGUGUCUAGUAUAUGCUGUGCAGCUGAGGAAUAGAAGUACUAAAGAAUAUAUGCUCGAAAUACAACCGCAUAGUGUUUGAAGACUAUAGAGCCGUCCUCGGGCUGAGGUAAAAGUGUACAGCUGAGAAGGGCAGUGAGAGUGUAUGAUGCUAAAGAUCUGUGUGCUCAUGUGUGAUUGAGGUAGUGAUAGUAACUUCUUGACUGGACACUGUCACCAUACUACAGGGAUGUAUUAGAUUAUAAUGUAAGUGUUCAAGGAAUUCAGGGAAUUAGCUCGAGAUACUGUAGUUCUUUGGAUUGAAUUUCAAAAACAUGGAUGCUGCAGAGUUCCGGAGACGUGGAAAGGAGAUGGUGGACUAUGUGGCCGAUUAUUUAGAGAACAUUGAGAAGAGGCAGGUUUACCCUGAUGUGGAACCUGGAUAUCUCAGGUCGUUGAUUCCUGAGGAGGCCCCGGAGGAGGCUGAAAGCUAUGAGGAUGUGAUCAAAGACAUAGAGAGGGUGAUCAUGCCAGGGGUGACACACUGGCACAGCCCGUACUUCUAUGCAUACUUUCCUACUGCCAACUCUUUUCCUGCAAUGCUGGCAGAUAUGCUGAGUGGGGCCAUUGGCUGCAUUGGAUUCUCUUGGGCAGCAAGUCCUUCCUGUACAGAGUUGGAAACAGUGAUGAUGGACUGGUUGGGAAAGAUGCUGAAGCUUCCAGCAGAUUUUCUUGCUGGUACAGAGGGCAGAGGGGGAGGGGUCAUCCAGGGCACUGCCAGUGAAGCGUCUCUCAUAGCUCUUCUUGCUGCUCGUUCCAAAAUCAUCAAACUGAUUCAGGCUGACCAUCCUGAACGAUCUGAGACAGACAUUAUUUCCAAACUAGUAGCCUACUCAUCUGAUCAGGCACACUCAUCGGUGGAGAGGGCAGGCUUGAUAGCUGGAGUAAGGAUGAAGAAAAUUCCCACCGACAACAAGUUUUCUGUGCGAGGAGAUGCACUGCAGAAUGUUCUAGAAGAGGACAGAGCCGCAGGACUCAUACCAUUUUUUUUCUGUGCAACAUUGGGAACAACUCCAUCCUGUGCAUUCGACUGCGUCACUGAGCUCGGCCCUAUAUGUAAUGCAGAGGAAAUCUGGAUGCACAUUGAUGCUGCAUAUGCUGGAAGUGCAUUUAUCUGUCCAGAGUUCAGACCCCUGCUGAAUGGCGUAGAGUUUGCAGACUCUUUCAAUUUCAAUCCUCAUAAAUGGCUCCUGGUCAACUUUGACUGCUCAGCAAUGUGGGUGAAGAAAAGAUCAGACAUCAUUGGCGCAUUUAAAAUUGAGCCGCUUUACCUGAAGCAUGAUCACCAAGAGUCAGGACUUGUGACUGAUUAUAGACACUGGCAGAUCCCAUUGGGUCGUAGGUUCCGCUCUCUCAAGAUGUGGUUUGUUUUCCGCAUGUACGGACUCAAAGGUCUCCAAGCCUACAUCCGCAAGCAUGUAGGGCUGGCCAAAGAGUUUGAGUCUUUGGUGAGAGCUGAUCAACGCUUCGAGAUCUCAGCUGAUGUUGUGUUGGGCCUUGUCUGCUUUAGACUCAAGGGCUCCAAUGAAUUAAAUGAAACUCUAUUGAAGAGGAUCAACAAUGCACGCAAGAUCCAUCUGGUACCGUGCCAACUGGUAGGCAAGUUUGUUCUGCGGUUUGCUGUGUGUGCUCGUACUACUGAGUCACGGCAUAUUCAGGAGGCCUGGUAUCACAUUAGCCACCUGGCAUCAGAGCUACUUCAAGAACCGCCACACUGACCACUGUGGUGGACAUCACGUGUUAAGUCAAAUGGGUGAUCUGUACCACAUCUGCUGUCCACACUGUCUUACU